AUGGAUAUCACGACACAAGACAAUAUAAAAAUAACUUCAGAUUAUGUUACAAUAUCUCCUGAAGUUAAAUUAUAUUAUGAAAUACGUUCAUCACCUAAUGUAUCUUCUCAAGAAAGUUUUAAAAUGAUAAUGAUUAUGGGUGCAUUUGCAACGAUGAGACAUUUCGAAGAACAAGUACAAUAUAUUAUUAAUUAUUUUACUUCUUGUCAAAAAUCUAUUGAAAUUUUAACUUAUGAUCAUCGAGGUAUUGGUAAAUCAACUUCAACACAAUUCAUACGUCAAACAUCACAUAUGCUUGCUAAUGAUGCAUUAAUUUUAAUUAAUCAAGUUUGGGGUACAAAUUCAUUUGUACAUGUUUUCGGGGCAAGUCUUGGUGGAAUGGUCGCACAAGAAUUAGCAUUACUUUUAAUUCCUUUACAACGUCUUCGUUCAUUAUAUCUUGUUGUAACAUCACGUGGAACUUAUAUAAGACCAAUGUCAUUUGGACCAAAUCUUUGGUUAAAAUUAAUGCCAUUACUUAUAAAAAAAGAUCAUGAACAUAUGAUUCGUAAUGUACUUCUUCCAUCUGCAUUUUCACCAGAAACUAUAAAUACGUCUGGUGAAAUAUAUGCAACACUUUGGUUAAAUGAAUAUGAUCAAUGGUGGGCAUUUGAUAAUCAAAAAGCUUGUGCUUGUCAAUCAUCAGCAGCUGGUAGUCAUUAUUUAACAAAUACAGGUGUACAAUUAAUACGUAAUGCACAUAUACCAAUAACAGUACAAAUAUCCAGUCAAGAUAAAUUAAUAUCACCAAAAAAACAACAUGAAUUAGCGAAGUUAUUAAAUGCGAAAGCAGUUAUAUUCGAUCAAGGUCAUAUGGGAGAUGAUCAUGUAAAAGAAAAAAUUUAUCGUUCGAUUAUAGAACAUAUCGAAAAUGUUCUAUGA